AUGGACCAUCCAGCUCUGAUCACUUUGUAUACCAUCAUUGGAAUCCUGGCAGUCGUGGGCACAUAUUCAGGGAUCAAAUACUGGAGGGAGAGCAAAGCCUGGCGUAAGCAACGAAAUGAAGAAAUCGAUAAUCGGUACUCCAACUCAGUCGCUCAGGGAUUGCCGUCGCCUGGCGUGGGAAGUUGUCAUGACCGGUCACCGCCGGGGGUAUGGAACGGUGUGUUUGGCGCCAGGAGACGGUCGACUGUUACUCCCAGUGCGGCCGAGAGUGGUCUCGGAAAGCAUAGCAUGCCGCAAAUUACUCCUCGAAAGUCAUCUAUUCGAACUGGCAUCGUGAACUCUGGUCACACCAUGUCGAUGCACCCUGGUACUUUGGUCUUCACAGAUUCAGGGCGGCCUCCACCUCUUCCUAGAGCAGUCGUAGGACGACACGGUAUCCUCGAGGACUCAGCUGAAGAAAAUACUUCCACCACAACCAAAACCAACGCCACAGAAUCAACAACAAAUGUAUUCGGCGGGGCAACCUCUUUAGAGAGUGCAUCUCAGCUUCCAAAUGUGGCCCUACAGAGUUCAAAGCAAGACCUGGUCCAGGAUUUGAGCUGCUACAGCCUCGAGGCAUCUGUGGGAGAAGUAAUGACGGCUCGGUUGGUCGACAUCAAGCAUGCAUCAAGUUUGUCCGUCCAAGGCUGCAAGAGUUCAUCCUCUGUUCCACAAUAA